AUACAGUUUGUGGAAGAGGGUGCGAUAGACACCAUGUCCUUCAAGAGGGAGGGGGACGACUGGAGCCAGCUCAAUGUGCUCAAGAAGCGGAGAGUUGGGGAUUUGCUGGCCAGUUAUAUCCCAGAAGAUGAGGCAUUGAUGCUUCGAGACGGACGAUUUGCCUGUGCUGUCUGUCCCCACCGGCCUGUAUUGGAUACACUGACCAUGUUGACUGCUCACCGUUCAGGGAAGAGACACUUGGCCAGCCUGCAAGAUUUCUAUGGCAAGAAGCACCAGUGGAAAGAAGAACAGAAUCCAAAACAGCAGGAAGCAUGGAGAACUGAGAAGACAGGGGACCAGGCACCUCUGCUGACCCAGACCCGUUUAAUCACCCAAAGUGCCCUAUGCAGAGCCCCGAAUUACAACAGUUGCUGUCGACGGCAGAAGAACAGACCAGAAGCUCCUUCGCCCUCAGCUCCCCACCUCCCAGCUCGGCCCCCCCAGACUGAGGAACCUUCAGACAAGAAGGCUGGCAGAGCACCUAAGUCUGAGGGUGAUAUACAGGCCAAAAGGGAUUCAGCAGCAGCCCCAACCCCUGUGCCCUUGAGUCCUGCCAGACGAAGAGCAUUGGACCAUUAUCUGAUGCUGCGCAGCUCUGGUUGGAUCCAGGAUGGAAGAGGUCAAUGGGUAAAGGAUAAGAAUGUAGAGUUUGAUUCUGAUGAAGAAGAACCCCCAGAUCUCCCCUUGGAUUGAUACCCGAUCUCCCCACCUAUUUCAUUUAAAUAAAUCAGGGAAGAUGCUAGGAACCUAACUUCUUUCCUCCUCUGAGGUCUGGCUCUGUGUGCCAUACAACUAUCUCAGGUCCUUUUAACCCUGCAGGCUGCAGAACUCCCUAUACCACACCCGCCCCUUCCAGAGCCAUGCCAAGCGUCAGCUGCACCCAGCCGUCUGCCCUAUUAAUAAAGUAUAUAGGGCAGGACUCUGCCCUUUGAGUUGUCAGACACCUUCCCUACUUCAACUCCCCUUGCCCCCCCCCCCCCAUUUCCACAGGGGCUUUUCCUGCUUUCCAGCAGGGCUUAGCCAAAUUCAGGAGGUACUGAAGGAGCCAACACUGAGUGGAAAUAAAGAAGAGGAUGUGUGUGUUGGGGAAGCUCAGAGGCAUAAGGGGACUGGUAAAGGGAGGGAUUUCUCCCUCCCCGUAGAGGUAACCUGAGCCUAGAACCUCCUGAUCUCCAGGGUAUAAAUAAUCCCCUAGUGAACUGGCAGACACCCUGGGAAGGGGGGGUUGGUGUUUAAUGCCAAGAUCACCUCCCCAUUUUCCCAGUCCCAGGCCAAAGAAAGAGGCAGGUGAAGUGGGCAAAAAGACUUUUAUUUACAGGAAGGGGAGAUGGGAAUUCCAGCAUCCAGGGGUCCCAACUUCAAACAAUAGGGAAGGACAGCAUUAUGUCUUCUUCUGCUGCCGACCUGUGGAGGUAGGAGGAGUCAGGAAAUGGGUCUAUACCCAAGCUCUUGCUUUGAGCCUAUUCAGGAGAAUAAUGUUCCUUCAUUUAUUAUUUCCUCCCCAAGAACCAAAUGGAAGGUAGUGUCUUAGGACAUCUAACUUCUGUGCUCCUCUGUCCCCUUAAUAAAACAGUCAUCUGCUCCUAGAA